ACCCCCACCCUACGCCACCCAACCCCGCCAACUCUCUCUCAAUAUACAUACAGUUAGUUGAUUGAUUCUCUUCACUCGCCCUAUAUUCUUUCAUAUAAUAAUUUCCAUUUUUUUCUCAAAUAUGUCUGCCCCCGGAAUCCCCACCCCUGACUGCGCCGCCGCCACCACCGCCGCCCUUUAUUUCUGCCACAAAUGUACUCACACCGUCACCAUUACCCUUUCUGACACUGGCGAUCUCAUUUGCCCUGAUUGUAACAGUGACUUUGUCGAAGAAUAUGAAGACCCUGACCCGAUCCCCAAUCUAACCCGCUUGCCCGAACCGGUUGCCUCCAUGUUGAGUAACAUUUUCAUGGGCAGCGAUUCCGGUUCCGACGGCGGCGGCGGCGGCGGCGCGCGAAUCCCUGCAAGAGAAACGCGA